CUGGUUAUAUCCAGUCCAUCUCUGAACUCUAAAUCAAAAAUCUUAUAUAUAUGCACGCACUUCAAUGCAAAAGACCCUUCCUUUUCAAGGCAUCUCUUGCUCUGCUCUUCUCUACUACUAAAACAGAGCAUCACUUAUUCUUUCCUUUACCUUCCUUUUCUCUUUACAUUUCUUCACUCACUCACCUGGAGAGUGACAAAGAAAACCCAAAAUGGGUUCAUUGUUGAAAGGAGUGAUAAUCCAUGAGUCACUUCUAAUUCAAGAUCAUGCGACCACCUCUUUCCACCCUCCAGCUCACUCUCUUCUCCGCAAGCUCCGCCAUUCCAACCUCCACAUUGGAAUCUCUCACUCACCUUUAUCUCCCUAACAAUAAGGUUUCCCCGGUGAUCCUUUUAUAUUUCUAGUUUGUUUUCGAUGAGAUGGUUGUUUCAAAGAACUAUUUCUUAUCUGCUUUUUGCUAUUGGUGGGAGUACUUGAAAAAAAUGGCAAUGCAAUACUCCUCUGAUUGUUUUCCCUUGAAUGAUGAAUCAUCUAGUGACAGUGUUAAUGAGAUUACACUCUCUUGGGGUGACAUUGGAGGGGAAAUUUUGUAUCUUGUUUCUAACAGCAAGAAGGAUGCUAUUGGUCAAUUAGGCAAUUUGGGUUGGAUCAUUGUUGUUUUUGAUGUUGAAGGUGCUGGUGCUGGUGCAUGUGAGAAUUCAGGUGUGGUUUGUAUCAGUAAACUGGAAGAGUUGCCUUUGGCAAUUGGCGACAAAGCUGUGACUGUUGGUUAUAUCAUGAAGCCUUCUCGUGAAGAAGUUUUUUCCAAGGCAAUCAUCUUUAGAGUUGAAGAUUUUAAAGAUUUAAAUUUUCCUCUUCCAGCAAUUGUUCAGGAGUACGUGGACCAUUCAUCUAAUAUAUUCAAGAUUUAUGUCUUGGGUGAGCGACUUUUCUAUGCGGUAAAAAAAUCUAUACCAAAUGUUAAUGUCUUGACCAAAUCAUCUGAAAGAAAUGAACUCGGACCUUUACUCUUUGACAGCUUAAAAUCUCUACCCAUCAGUACUGAGCACUAUAUAGAUGCAGAUUCCUUCAAGACCAAUAUUCAUUCUUUUGAUCUUGAGCUGGUCACUGAUGCUGUGAAUUGGCUUGCAAGAAAACUUGAUCUUACCAUCUUUGGCUUCGAUGCAGUUGCAAUAGAUUGGCAUCCACCAUUCCUACUGGAUCCAAUUUUGCUAGGUGUCCUUGUUCUUGAUAUUCCUGUUGUUUGGUCUCUCGAGUCUAUUCUCUUCGGUUACAUCUUUUUCCGGGCUGCAUCAUGAGAAGCCAACUGCAUUCUGGAAUAUAAGUUACAAUCAAUCUAUUACAGACCGC